AUGAAGGAGGAGAUCGAAAGGCUGCUGAGAAGCAAGUUCAUCAGGACUGCCAGGUACGUCGAAUGGUUAGCAAAUAUAGUUCCUGUCAUUAAGAAAAAUGGUUCCCUUAGGAUAUGUAUAGAUUUUAGGGACUUAAAUAAUGCUACCCCCAAAGAUGAAUAUUUCAUGCCUGUGGCAGAAAUGCUAAUAGAUUCAGCAGCAGGCUUCGAAUAUCUUAGUAUGUUAGAUGGAUAUUCUGGAUAUAAUCAAAUUUUCAUUGCUGAGGAAGAUGUGGCAAAAACAGCUUUUCGAUGCCCAGGGGCCUUAGGAGAUUUCCUUGGAUUUGUGGUGCAUAAAAAAGGCAUUGAGAUAAACCAAAAUAAGACAAAGGCUAUUUUGGAGACUAAGCCUCCAACAAACAAAAAGCAACUUCAAUCCUUGUUGGGAAAAAUAAAUUUUCUGAGGAGAUUCAUUUCGAAUCUAAGUGGUAAAGCUCAAGCUUUUUCACCAUUGCUUCGACUCAAGAAAGAAGAUAUUUUCACUUGGGGGCAGGAUCAGCAAGAAGCAUUCGAUGAAAUCAAGAAAUACUUGUCUAAUCCUCCAACUCUUAUGCCUCCAAUUAGAAAUAAGUUUAUGAAGUUGUAUAUUUCAGCAUCUAAUACAACAUUAGGUAGUAUGUUAGCCCAAGAGGACGAAAAUGGUGAAGAAAAAGCCAUAUAUUAUUUAAGUAGAGUCCUUAAUGAUGUUGAAACUAGAUACAGUAGUAUCGAAAAGCUUUGUCUUUGUUUUCGAAUUGGAAGAUGGGCUUUGGCUCUUUCUGAAUAUUCACUUUCAUACAAACCCUUGAAGGUCAUUAAAGGCCAAAUAGUGGCUGACUUUAUUGUUGAUCAUUCAGCAAUUGAAUCACCUCAGAACUAUGUUGCUUUAGAGCCAUGGACUUUGUAUUUCGAUGGAUCUAAACAUCAACAUGGUACAGGAAUUGGUAUCUUAAUAAUUUCCCCACUAAAAAUUCCUACCAAGUUUAAAUAUAAAAUCAAUGGUAUUUGUUCGAAUAAUGAGGCUGAAUAUGAGGCUUUGAUAGCAGGUUUGGAAAUACUGUUAAGCCUGGGGGCAAAAGAUAUUAAAAUAAAAGGUGAUUCAGAAUUAGUUUUGAAACAAUUGACAAAAGAGUACAAAUGUAUUAAAGAGCAUUUGAUUCGAUAUUUUGUCAUAGCAAAUACGUUACUAAAACGUUUUGAUUCUAUUGACAUAGAACAUGUCCCUCGAAUAGAAAAUCAGGAAGCAAAUGACUUGGCACAGAUUGCUUCAGGAUACAAAGUGUCCAAAGAAAAAUUGGAACAAUUAGUGGAAAUUAAAGAAAAAUUGAUUUCUAAUGAGCCAAUGCAAUUGGAAUUGUCAAUGCCAAAACUUGGGGGGGCACAUAUGUCACACAAUGAAAUAAAUAACUCUGAUCAAAAAAUGGAUCAUGAUAUUUAUGAUGAAUUCCAAGUUUUUGUCAUUGACAAUUUAGUGAAUGGUGAUUGGAGGAAACCAAUUGUGGAAUAUUUGGAAAACCCAAUUGGGAAUGCUCCUCGAAAAAUCAAAUAUAGGGCGUCAAAUUACGUAAUCAUUGGUAAUGAAUUAUUCAAAAAGACCCUUGAAGGAAUUUUAUUAAAAUGCCUUAGUGAAACUGAAGCAUAUAUAGCGAUCUCUGAUGUUCAUAGUGGAGCCUGUGGUUCUCACCAAUCAGGUCAUAAGAUGAAAUGGAUUCUAUUUCGACAAGGUAUGUAUUGGCCAUCCAUGUUAAAAGAUUGCAUAGAUUUCGCUAAGGGAUGCCAAGAAUGUCAAAAACAUGCAGGAAUUCAACAUGUACCUGCAAGUGAAUUACAUUCGAUAGUAAAACCUUGGCCAUUUAGAGGUUGGACAUUAGAUUUAAUUGGUGAGAUAAAACCAGCAUCAUCUAAAAAUCAAAAGUAUAUAAUAGUUGGUAUUGACUAUUUUACUAAAUGGAUCGAAGCCAUACCCUUGCCCAAUGUUGAUCAAGAGCAAGUGAUAAGUUUCAUCCAAAACCAUAUUAUUUAUAGAUUUAGGAUUCCUGAAACUAUUACAACUGAUCAAGGUUCAGUGUUCACUGGUCGAAAGAUGCAAGAAUUUGCUAGACAAACAGGGUUUAAACUUUUGACUUCGAGACCUUAUUAUGCGCAAGCAAAUGGUCAAGUAGAAGCUGCCAAUAAGAUUAUUAUUGGAUUAAUCAGAAAACAUAUUGCUCAAAAGCCAAGAAAUUGGAACAAGACUUUGAAUCAAGUCUUGUGGGCAUGUAGAAAUUCUCCUAAAUAA